AGAGCAUGUGAGCCGAAUGCAACAUGGCUUCCCGCCAUGUCGAUGUCAACGAGCGUCGGCUUCGUCCUGUUUAUGAUGCGUUGGACAGUAUGAACAACAAACUGGCCAUCCAACUUGCAGACAAAAUUUUAAGGAAGCAGAAAGACCUGUACUGCGCCAAGGCUCUUAAAGGACUGGCUUUAUUGCGAUCAGGAAAAACUGCUGAAAGCGAGACAAUUAUGGUGGAGAUUAUGGAAGCGAAACCAGCGGACGAUCCCACGCUUCAGGCAAUGACAAUUUGCUACAGAGAGAUGCAAAAACCUGAGAUGAUUCCUUGUAUUUAUGAGAUGGCCUUGAAACAGAACCCGAAGAAUGAAGAAUUAUAUUCUCACCUCUUUAUGGCAUAUGUCAGAAUUGGAGAUUACAAAAAGCAACAACAGGUGGCUAUGAAUCUGUAUAAACUGUUCUCUAAGAACCCUUACUACUUCUGGGCUGUCAUGAGCAUUGUGAUGCAGGGUAUAAUGGCUAGUGAAGAGAAACUUGGAAGAACUAUGCUCUUUCCUUUGGCUGAGAAAAUGGUUGAAAAAUUUGUAAAUGAAGGCAAAAUUGAAGCUGAAGCAGAGGUUCAUCUGUAUUUAAUGAUUUUAGAGAAGCUUGGAUGUUAUGAGAAGGCUCUUGGUGUUCUUAGAAGUGAUUUGGCUGCUAAACUGAUUAGUUACAUGGAUGAAAGAGAAGAAAAAGAAGCCAUUUAUUUAACAAAACUCUGCAAAUGGCAUGAAGCAAAUAUAGCAUUUAAGAAACUCAUUUUGAGAAGGCCAGAUCAGUGGUCAUACUACCAGUCAUACCUAACCUCAGCUUUCUCUCUUAUAAAACAAAACUGGAAACCAGUUGAUGAGUCAGAAGAACUUCCUGAUUAUUCUUUAGAAAUGAUUGACAAAUUCCUAGCAUCUGUUGUGGAAGCUGAACAAACUAAAGAAAAGAGAUCAUGCAGAGGACCUUAUUUGGCACAAUUGGAACUGGAAAAGCUUUGUAGUCAAGAAUGUAUUCACUGUGAUUCAAGACAGAGUUCAACUUCUAGUGUAUAUUUAUUAAUAGAGUAUUUUAAACGGUUUGGAGACAAGCACUGUUGUUUCUGGGACCUUGAACCUUAUUUACAUCUGAAUCUACCAGAAAUACUGGACAAAGAAAAGUUUGUGGAAGCAUUAAGGAAUGCCCUUCCAUCAGUCAGUGAUGAAGAUCCUGAAUCAUCUCAUACAAGACUGAUGCAGAGGAGAAUGAAUAUUGAACUGAUUUCAAGACAUUUAGGAUUUCACUGCUCUCUUUCCUGUGAUGAAAAAAUUGCUUUAUCAAAGGAAUAUAUGAAGCAGCACAAAGAUGGUUUGGUUUAUGGUCAGAGUCUUUUGCCUACUGAACUUCAGUACAGUGAUGGGUUUGCUCAACUGGCUUCACACCUUUUGUUAGAAGUAAAUUAUGAAUCAGGAAAUACAGACAUGAACUGGCACCUUCUUAUCAUGUUAGAGAGUGCAUUAAAGGCAAGUCCUUCCAACCAUCAGCUCAAACUCCUACUGAUGAAAGUCUAUUGUUCAAUGGGUGCUGUUAGUCCAUGUCUAGCACUUUUUGAAGGAUUAGAAAUCAAGCACAUCGAACAAGAUGUUGUUGGUUAUACUCUGACACGAUAUGUUGAAGCUCUUGGUCAUUUUGAGGCAGCUUCAUCUGUGUACUUGACCACUUUAAAAUUCUUUUAUGGAAACCAAAAAAAUACUCCUGAACACAUCAUAGCUGCAUACAAGUAUGGAUCAUUUGAAAAGAUUCCAGAGUUCAUUGAUCUCAAGAGACGACUUGAUCUUUCACUGCAUUUUGCCACAGUAAAUUAUGAAAACAUGCUCCUUGACGUGUUCACCAAGGCAAACAGCCUUUCAGAUGUCCAAAGUCAUUUUGAUGAAAAGAGCUUGCUCGACAAGUGUUCUGUAGAGAAAUACUGGAUGAAAGACCUGAAGGAUAACAGGGAUUUAAAAAUACUUCAAACCUGGGAUGUCCCAGAAAGGCAGUUGUCAAAAGAGCAGCAGUUAAGAUGCGAAGAGCAAGAGGUACUCUGGUUAAGGUUGCGGUUCCUUAUUCUGAGAGCCCUUGCAGUAGCUGUCUCUUUGAUACCAAAACCUCAACAAAAUAUGCAAAACAUGAAUAAUGGAGAAGCUUCCCCAGCUUAUCCUUUAGCAGAAGUGAUUGAUGAAUUGAAGGAAACAUUGCAGGAAGUUGAUUUGCACCCAGGAACAAGGGCAAAGCUGCCCUGUCUGGGUCCACCAAGUUCAAGGCUGCCAGGGUUUUUGGAUGGUCAGCAUGGAGCAAUGAUUGUAGCUAUGGUAACUGUUUGCCAUGAAUGUCAUAGUUUACAUCAUUCUUCACAAGAUGCUGGUACAACAGAUAGAUGGAAUCGUAUUAGACACAAUCUGGAUGUAGUGACUGAAAUUUUGAAAGGUUGUAUUUCAGAUUGUUUAAGUAAGCUCACCACAGGUAGUGGAGAAAAAACAAUGUUCAAUGGAUAUGUUUUAGAAACUUUGGUUCUCUUGGUUGAGAGCUGUUGUUGUGUCCUUCUUUUAGCAGCUGUAUGCUGUAGCUUUUUACAAAAAAUGUCAGGUAGCAAAAAGACCAAGAAGAAGAAACCUGCUCCCACAAAAACGAAUGAAGAGAUGGCACCAUUUAAAGAGUUCCUAUCAAUGCUUAAAUCUUCUCUCACAUCCCUACAUUCAGCACUUGUAGAAGUGAAUGUUUCUCAGCUCUCUGAUGAGCUUUUGGAACUGGAUUUAGUUGAGCUAGACAAUGAGACCAAGUCUUCCAUUGUGUCCGAGAUUUGGGAGAAACUGCAGACCAGCUAUAAACAGUCAGUGAAGGAGAUCACAGAACUUUUACAUCACAAAGUUGCUUUUGCAAAGUCUCUGCGUAUUUAGGCAUUUAACAAUUAAUACAUUUCAUCAAUGGAUAUCACAACAAAUAAUUGAGAAAUUCUUAGAGGAGAGUUGCAUCUUGUAUUGUCAUUACCUUUUGUGUUGAAGAAGGCAAGAUAAGACAUGGAGUUGUGCAACAUUAAGGUUUGUCAAGAAGGGAUUUAAUGUGUUGUUAGUGGCCAAAAGAGUGAAAGCUAUGGCUUUGGAAGGAAGCUCUACUCGCACCUGCAUGUUAAGGAAGUGGAAGGAAGGUGGUUCCUUUUGCAGAAUGGUUUAUGGUUAGUGGAAAAGCAGAUGCCAUUUUAUCAGCCUUGCAUCAUUGUGGUUUUAUGACGAUACAAGUAUGGUAAAAUUGGUGAUUGUAAAGAUAAUGACGAUUCUGAAGAGUUCAGACCUUUUUUGGGGGAUGUAAGCUUCUACUUCUCCAUAUCUUUUGGAUUUAUGUGUGAUGCAAGUGGUUCUCAUCAGCAAAAAUGUGCCUCAAUCACACAAGAACCCUACACACAGACUCUCCCUGCCCACAAUGAUACCUCCAAGUUACUAUCACCAUCUUGCGACUUAGUUCCUGGUCUGAACAAGUAUAUUGAAGACUUAGAGAAUUUUGAAAAAGAUGCGAGACUUUGAUAAAAAAAAUAAUAAAUGUAACAAAGAAAAAUAUUUCAAGACCCACUACAAAGGCUGUCAGCCAUCAGCUGCUGGUCAAUCAGCUGACUGAUGGCCAACAGGUUUUUCUGGGAGCUGUUCUUCACAGUUACCAAAAGUCUGCAAAAUGGUAUCACUUGCCACCUCUAACAUUACUAUCACACAGUGACUUUGGAAUCAUUGUGCACUUGAAUUUGUAUUUCAUAGUGUUUCAUCAUAUUGAUGGUACAACAUGUUAGCUGAUGGAUGAUUUGACUGGUAAAUAAACAUGUAAGCUACUUUUUUUUGGUUAUGUGGUACACAAAGUGUAACCACGCAUAGAAAAACUGAUAACUUGAGUUGGAGAGAACAUCUGCACUUUUUAUAUUAGAGCACCUUUGGAAAGCAGUCAAAAUAAGGACACCACAACAUCAGAAAAUAGUGCUAAUAUGAAUAUUUUUAAAUCAUGCAUGGGUGUUUUUUUAGUGACCAAUUUAGAUGUCUGCCAGCAUGAUGCUGAAUUUGAUGCAAAACCAGAUUUUUUUUAGCACAAUCCUUAGAGUAAUAAAAACUAAAUGUAGAGUGAAGUGUGUUUUACUGUCUUCGAGGAUGUGAAAUAAAGCUA